AUGCCCUUUCAGCUAACCCUUCCGUCUAUCGACCUCUCUUCCCCGAAUUCUCGUCACCUCCUUUACGGCGUCCUCCUUGGUCUUUCCCUCUCCAUCACGACCGCCGCCUUUGCGCACCAGGUCAACCAAUACGAGGAAGCACGUCGAGAACGACGCGAGAAGAAGGAGCUAUCACCAAUCGAACUGAGGAGAGAUGAUGUGCUAGAUGGAGUGACUGGGCUUAUAGGAAAUACACCACUUGUACGCAUCAAGUCGCUGAGUGAUGCUCUGGGAGUUGAGAUUGUCGGGAAGGCGGAGUUCUUAAACCCUGGAGGGAGCGUCAAAGACCGCGUCGCGCUUCGUGUCAUCCAAGACGCUGAGCGUGAGGGGUUGUUGCACCCACACACUGGGUCACGUAUAUUUGAAGGGACUGUGGGCUCAACGGGCAUCUCGAUAGCCACUAUCGCCAAAGCUAGGCACGUCUCCCUUCUAUUCAACUCCCUCCCUCCAUCGGGUUACGACACCACGAUCAUCAUGCCCGAUGACGUCGCACAGGAGAAGGUCCACGCCUUGCUCGCACUCGGCGCAGACGUUCAACGUGUCAGACCAGCGAGUAUCGUAGACAAGAAACAGGCACGUUUCUCUCCUCCACUCUAUAUCAUUGCACCACUAAACAACCUCGCCCGCGAAGCAGCUCUCCACUUCGGCCGCGCCUUCGUGCCCGCCGCUCAAUCAUUAGAUGACGCAGGCCCGCCCGAUGUGGUCGUCCGCACUACCGCACCACGCACUGAGACCGGCUCCGUGAGCGAGGAAGCCGAUCUCUGCGAACGCCCGCGUGGAUUCUUCGCAGACCAGUUUGAGAACCGGAGUAACUUCGACGCGCACUAUGAGGGGACCGGACCGGAGCUAUGGAGGCAGACGAGAGGGAGGGUGAGGGCUUUCGUUUCUGGGGCAGGUACAAUUGCGGGUGUUGGUCGGUUCUUGAAGUCAAUCAACGAGGAUGUACAAGUUAUAUUGGCGGAUCCAGAAGGAAGCGGGCUCUAUAACAAGGCUUAUGUCAAACAUGGUGUCAUGUUUGACAGGCGCGAAGCAGAAGGAACGAAGCGCCGACAUCAGGUCGAUACCGUUGUCGAGGGCAUAGGUAUAAACCGCCUCACCCACAAUUUUGACCUUGCCCUACCCAUCAUCGACGACGCCUUCCGAGUAACAGACGCUGAAGCCGUUUCGAUGUCCCGUUAUCUAGUUCAGAACGACGGCCUCUUCCUUGGCUCGAGCAGCGCCGCGAACCUCGUCGCGUGCAUCAAGCUUGUGCGUAAGAUGGGCUGGAAAGACGGGGAGAUGAUUUCCACGAUUUUAUGUGACUCGGGAAGUAGGCAUUACUCUAAGUUUUGGAACGACGAGUACCUGAGGAAGGCGGGGAUACCGAUUGAUACGGGGAUUGUGGAGAAGAUGCUUGCCCCUGAUUCGAGUGGAUGA